AUGGACGCCAUCCAAGAACAGUUCACCCUACUCUCCCUGGGCCUUUUCACCAUUGGGGUGAGAAUGGUGGUGCGGACGCGAUCAGUUGGGUUCUCGGGAUGGCAGUUGGACGAUUACCUGAUGCCAAUCACUGGUGUCAUCUUCACUGCCGAGACAGUAGCCGCGUACCUCGUCGGCGCGAAAUUCCAAGGCCUCACGAACAGUUACAUGACGGACGAAGAACGCGCCAACAUCGAUAUAAACGGAGAAGAACACUACAACCGUGUCUGGGGAUCCAAGAUUCAAGUCAUAGGCUGGUCCUUUUAUGCUUGUAUUCUCUGGUGUCUCAAGUUUUGCGUCACUGCUUUUUACGCCCGACUCACAUCGGGCUUGUCGCAUCUCAGGAUUCGUGUUAUCAUCGCUUAUAUCCUCCUUGGAAUUACUUAUGCUGUUGUUUUCUUUACUAUUUUGUUAUCGUGUCAGCCUUUUCACCACUUUUGGCAGGUCAAUCCUGAUCCGGGUCUUAUCUGCCAGCCGACAAAGUCACCGGCUUAUGUUUUGGUGGUUGUCAUCCCCAACAUUUUGACUGACAUUUAUUUGUUGUCCAUUCCUUUGCCACUUCUCUGGGGCGUCAACAUUGGCCUGCGACGUAGACUCACACUCAUGCUAUUGUUCAGCGGCGCCCUCUUCAUCAUGAUGGCCGGUACGAUCCGAGCUGUCACCAUUCUUACCGCCGGCGUUGAAGGCGCAAUCUCUGGUAGCUCAUGGGCAUGUCGCGAAACCUUUGUCGCAAUCAUCGUAACAAACCUCCCCAUCAUCCAACCUCUACUCCGAAAAGGAGCCAGCCUCAUCGGCCUCAGCGUCUUAUUCAGCAAAGCCACCAAAUCCGCAUCUCAAAGCCAUCAACUCCGAAGUAACGAGGGUGGAAGCCGCUUCAACAACAGCCGUGCCAGAAGGACCAACAACACCAACAAGUCUGAGUCUGGACACCCGCUAUCUACAAUGCCUCAAACCACAGCCUGGGCCAGCGACGAGCAUAUCCUGGCCGGAACCAGCGGGGGAAAUAACAGCAAGGGGAUCGUCGUGGCGCAAGAGAUCAGCGUUCAGUCGGAAGCUUUUGACGAUUCAAACAUGCGCGAUGUAACCAACAAGGAUCCGGCUGUUCAUGACUGGGGGUACGAUAGCGGCAACGACAAGAGCAGAGCAAGGACACCGUGA